AUGGCGAAUUUCAAAUUAAUUGUGCUUUUAUUAAUUAUCUCUACAACUUUUGUUGAUGGUCGUGCACUUCGUAAAAGACGUCAAUUAGCAACAGGUUAUUACGGCCAGAGUCAAUAUCCAUAUUCAAAUUCAAUUUAUGGAUCAGGCUCUCAGUAUGGUACAAAUUCCUAUGGUACUGGCAUAGGUCAAUACGGCAGUACAUAUGGUCAAUAUGGAUCAGGAUAUCCAUCAAGUAGUAUGCAUGGUUAUAACAGUCAAAUUCCUUAUGGAUCAAAUUACAAUAGUCUUUAUCCAAAUACUGGUAGUAGUAUCUAUGGACAAUACGGAUCCAACAUGUAUUCCGGCUAUCCAAAUACUGGCUUGAAUAAUCAAUAUGGUUAUGGUGGAUCAGGUUUAGGUAGCCAAUAUGGUUACGGUGCAUCGGGCAUCAGUGGCCAAUAUGGUUAUGGUACACCGGGCUUAGGUGGCCAAUACGGUUAUGGUACAUCGGGCUUAGGUGGUCAAUAUGGUUAUGGAACUUCACAAUACGGUUAUGGUACCCAAGGAAAUCCUUGGUAUCGAGUAGGCCGAAAGGGCGCGGUGCAAGGCCGAUCUGGUGGACCAUCGGAUCUUAACGCAAACAAUAAUGCUGCUGCACCGAAUGCUAUCCCACCUGUUGCCAAACCAUCAAGCUAA